CUCUUCCCCCAAACCCUCUCUGUAGAGAACCCAGGCGCUUGUUUGGGAAGCUAACAUCAAUUUCCUCGUUCAGGUCGCCUCUCCUUUCCCCACGAUUUCUCCUCGAAUCCUCUUCCGCAAUGGCUCGCAACAAGGAGUCGCUGGUUUUGCUGAUUGAUGUUGGUCCCUCGAUACAUAGUGUUCUUCAGGACGUCGAAGGUGUUUGCUCAAUGCUCGUGCAAAAGAAGUUAAUUUUUAGUAAGAGUGAUGAGGUUGGAAUUGUUCUGUUUGGAACUGAAGAUACUAACAAUGAGCUUGAGAAAGAAGUGGGUGGAUAUGAACAUGUGGCGGUUCUACGUGAUAUUAGAGUUGUAGAUGAUGAUGCAGUGGUGGUUUUGAAAAAUCUUCCCAAAGGAACUUUCCCCGGUGAUUUUUUGGAUGCCAUUGUGGUUGGGAUGGAUAUGCUGAUCAAGAAAUUUGGAGUUUCAGACAAAGGAAAAAAACGUCUUUAUCUCAUUACUGAUGCACGGUUUUCUACUAAAGAGCCUUAUGAAGGGACAAAAGAAGAUCAGGUCGACACUAUCUCUCAACAGAUGAAAGUUCUUGGAAUAAGGCUAAAUUGUCUGAUCAUCAGAGAAAAAAUAUGUAGUACUGAACAUCUGGGAGCAAUUGAUGAGAAUGACAAACUCUUGGAUCAAUUCUCAAGGAAAGCAAUGGCAAAGACAGUACAUGUUGAUUGUGCAACAUCAUUGCUGGGUGCUAUCAAAACACGAAAUGUAGUCCCUGUCACAGUAUUCAGAGGAGACUUGGAACUAAGCUCAAUGAUGAAAAUCAAGGUAUGGGUAUAUAAAAAGACAUCCGAAGAGAAAUUUCCUACAUUAAAAAAGUAUUCUGAUAAAGCGCCUGCAAGUGAUAAGUUUGCUACCCACGAGGUUAAAGUGGAUUUUGAAUAUAAAAGUUCACAGGAUCCUGAUAAAGUUGUCCCUCCAGAACAAAGAAUUAAAGGUUAUCGUUAUGGGCCACAAGUAGUUCCUAUAUCAUCUGCCGAAUGGGAGGCAGUCAAGUUUAAAUCUGAGAAGGGUGUCAAGCUUUUAGGAUUCACAGAUGUUUCAAAUAUUUUGCGGCACUAUUAUAUGAGGGAUGUGUACAUCUUUAUUCCUGAACCUGGGAACACGAAAGCAAUUAUUGCAGUUUCAGCUUUGGCUAAAGCAAUGAAGGAAAUGAAUAAGUCUGCAGUUUUGCGGUGCGUAUGGAGACAAGGUCAAGGAAAUGUUUCUGUUGGGGUAUUGACACCUAAUUUAUCUUCCAUAGAUAACAUUCCAGAUUCAUUUUACUUCAACAUACUUCCUUUUGCUGAGGAUGUUCGAGAGUUCCAGUUUCCUUCCUUUAGCAGUUUCCCAUCAUCAUGGCAGCCAGAUCAACAUCAGCAGGAAGCAGCAGAUGACCUUGUUAGGAUGUUAGACCUUGCACCUUUUGAUAGAAAAGAAGUGCUUCAACCCGAUUAUACUCCAAACCCAGUUUUGGAGAGAUUUUAUCAGUUUCUUCACCUGAAGUCAAAGGCUCCAGAGAUAGAUGUACCUCAACUCGACAGAAGUCUAAAGCGGAUAGCUGAACCUGACCCUGAUUUCCUCUCAAGACACAACUCUAUUAUUAACAAUUUUCAGGAACGGUUUGAGCUGAAGGAGAACCCAAAGAAAAAGAAGCUGUCUAGACAAGCAUGGAGGGAAAAACCAUCAGCUUCAAAUGAUGAGAAAGUGGGUGUUGAUGGUGUGGUUCCUAAGGUUCAGAGUUCUAGUUUGAAAAAAAGCUUAUCUUCAUUAGAGGUAGAAAAAAUUGGGGAUUUGAAUCCUGUCCAAGAUUUUGAAGCUAUGAUGGCACGCAGAGACAGUUCAAAGUGGAUCACAGAAGCAAUUAAAGAUAUGCAACAUUAUAUUUAUCACCUGUUAGAAAAUUCUUAUGAAGGAAAUUCCUACCCCAAGGCAAUUGAAUGUUUGAUGGCACUUCGUAAAGGCUGUAUUCUUGAGCAGGAGCCAAAGGAAUUUAACCGAUUUAUGCUUGAUAUUUGUAAGAAAUUUCGGAGAUCUGACCUAGCUGACUUUCUUGAGCUUCUUUAUUCGAAAAAGAUACCAUUGAUCAGCAAAAGUGAAGCAGCCGACAGUGAUCUAACAGAAGAGGAAGCUAAAAACCUCCCAAUCAAGAUGGAGGAUUCUUCGGAGUAGUCGAUGAACUAUUAUUAGCAGUGAUCAUCACAGGUGCAUGCAUCACAUCAGCUUAACAUGUCAUCAGCCUUUAAAUAUCAUCAUACAAUGAAGCUUGAUGUGAAAUUUUGUGGACAGUUAGUGCUGUGCAUCCUUUUAAGGCAUUCUAUGGCAGUGACAUCUGAUGACUUAUACCAAGACCAGUAUCAUAUUGUUGGCUUCAUGUCACCCCUUGCUUUGUGAUGGCUCUUUCUGUUGUUAUACACAGCGUGUUUAUUUUGCUGAGUAAAAAGUUUGAUUCAGUAGCAAUAAAGAUGUUUAUAACCGCUGUAUGGGCAUAGU